CCUCGUCGUCGUCCUCCUCCUCCUCCUUCUCCUCGUCCUCCUGCGGCCGCCGCGCUCGGCCAUGUCGAUGCUGCCGUCGUUUGGCUUCACGCAGGAGCAGGUCGCCUGCGUCUGCGAGGUGCUGCAGCAAGGGGGGAACCUGGAGAGGCUGGGCCGGUUCCUCUGGUCGCUGCCGGCCUGCGACCACCUGCACAAGAACGAGAGCGUCCUCAAGGCCAAGGCGGUGGUGGCCUUCCACCGCGGCAACUUCCGCGAGCUCUACAAGAUCCUGGAGAGCCACCAGUUCUCCCCCCACAACCACCCCAAGCUGCAGCAGCUCUGGCUGAAGGCGCACUACGUGGAAGCCGAGAAGCUGCGGGGCAGACCCUUGGGCGCCGUCGGCAAAUACCGCGUCCGCCGAAAAUUCCCUUUGCCCCGCACCAUCUGGGACGGCGAGGAAACCAGCUACUGCUUCAAGGAGAAAUCCCGGGGCGUGCUGCGGGAAUGGUACGCCCACAACCCCUACCCGUCCCCCCGGGAGAAGCGGGAGUUGGCGGAAGCCACCGGUCUCACCACCACCCAGGUCAGCAACUGGUUCAAGAACAGGAGGCAACGGGACCGAGCGGCGGAGGCGAAGGAAAGAGAGAACACGGAAAACAACAACGCGGCCACCAACAAACCGAACCAACUCUCGCCUCUGGAUGGGAGCAAACCCCUCAUGUCCAGCUCCGAGGAAGAGUUUUCUCCUCCCCAAAGCCCGGAUCAGAACUCGGUCCUGCUCUUGCAGGGGAACCUCAGCCACGCCAGGAGCUCCGGCUAUUCCCUGAGCGGCUUAACCCCGUCCCAGACCCCUCACAGCCUCCAAGGCCACCAGCUCCAGGACUCGCUGCUGGGACCCCUCACGUCCAGCCUGGUGGAUCUGGGAUCCUAAAGGCCCUGGGCGGGCCGCCGGAGGAUCGGGAGAGGAGGUUCUGCUCGGGGACAGAGGCUCUGGGUUGUACGUAGAGGACAGCACCCGAUUUUACAGCUCACCCGCUGAUUCUUAACGGGACUCUCGGCUCUUUUCACACAACCCCACAUCGGCUCUUGCUCCAGUUCCCCCGCAGCGGCUCCCACUAUCACCACGAUUUUAAUUUUUUUUUUUCCACGUAGCCAAACGCAGAGAGCGGCAAUAACCCUCAUCAGCCCUUCGAUUUCAAACGAGUUGGUUCCAAUGGGAAUUACAAAAAAAUAAAAGGUGGGGGGAAGGGAAAAAAAAAAAAAUAAAAACCCCAAGCCCUGCUGGAUCCGAUUCCACCCAAACAAAUCCCAGCGCCGCGGGCGCGGUGGGGCAGGGUCGGCCGGCGCAUCCCUGCUGCUGCCUGGCCCGGUCCCCGAGGAGCGGGGACAGAGGGAGAGAACCGCUGUACUGAGCCCUGUGUCGGAGUGGGAGGAGGGAGGGGAAGUUACGUUUACAUUUUUCAUAUUU